AGUGGCCUGUUGUCAUAGAAGCAACAAACUUAUCUUGCACAAAAAACAGUCUCGAGUGAAUCAAGACAUUGAACAGAAAUCAUGAUUCCUCCAAACGCAUCUCUGGUCAAAUAUGACAACCCAGUGCUUGUCAGUCGGAAUACAGAUAAGAAAACACCAAGGGCAAGAGCUCUGAAAGUAAGCCCAGGACCAUCACAAGCCGCAGGGCCAGUGCCAAAUCCACCAGGAAAACAGAAACUGUCCCCUGUUGAUGCCAAAGCAGCUCAACAAACAGAUGAAAUUCUCAACUCUAUUCUUCCUCCAAGGGAAUGGCAAGAAUCUGGGCAGUUGUGGGUACAGCAAGUUUCCAGUACCCCAGCCACUCGUUUAGAUGUCGUCAAUUUGCAGGAAGAACUUGACAGGAGGUUACAACAAAGACAAGCCAGAGAGACAGGAAUCUGCCCAGUCAGGCGUGAACUCUACUCACAGUGCUUUGAUGAGCUCAUCCGUCAAGUCACCAUCAACUGUGCUGAGAGAGGUUUGUUGCUCCUCAGAGUCAGAGAUGAAAUCAGAAUGACGAUAGCAGCUUAUCAGACCUUAUAUGAAAGCAGUGUGGCCUUUGGAAUGAGGAAAGCUCUGUGGGCUGAGCAAGGAAAAGCUGACAUGGAGAAAAAGAUUUCUGACCUGGAAGAGGAGAAGCGUGAUUUAGAAAAACAGGUCAAUGAACUGAAGGGAAAAUGUGAUCAAAUCGAGAAACGUGCACAGGAACAGAGAAUGGUGGAAGAGAAAAAACACACAGAGGAAAUGCAGUUCUUGAAGAGAACAAACCAGCAGCUGAAGACUCAGCUGGAAGGAAUCAUUGCUCCUAAGAAGUAAAAUGAUACUGGAAAUUUAUUUUCACAUCUCUGUUUAGUAUUCAUAAAAAUUGGAAAAGCUCCCAGCAGACAUUUGCUCCUUGGAAUAUGCCUUUACAUGUGAUGUCAAAUAAAAAGAACUUGCUUUCAGCAAACAUGUUGUAAAUUGCUUGGAUAUUUAUAAUCAUAAUUCUGUGUGAAAAUCCAGUACACUUGGGUUUUUCUAUAAAAAUAAACUUGUUAAAUGCUGUAAUUAUUAAUUUCAAAUGAAAUUUCAUAGUGAUAUUUUAUGUGCAUUUGACAUUUCAUUGUAUUAUAUAAGUUACAAUAUAAAUGUAUAAUUUAUAUUUCAA